AUGUCAUUCAACUUCAACCCCACCCCUAGUAAUGGGGGUGCCGCACCCAACAAUCCGUUUGGUACCAAGACGACUUCUGCGCCAGCGUUUGGAGCAGGACAAACGUCUACGGCUCCACCAACGACUGGCCUGUUUGGAGGAACAACACCAAGUAGUUCAGGCGCAGGAUUGUUUGGCUCCACGGCUGCGAAGCCACCAAGCUUUGGAGGCGGGUCGACCAACAUCUUUGGAGGAGGACAGACCUCAAGUGCUAGUUCUGGAGCUGCGACCACUGCUCCUUCGUUAUUUGGGAACAAGCCAGCCACAACGUCCGCCGCACCAUCGACAAGCAAUCUUUUCUCCAACUUGAAUACUGGCACUCCUUCGUCUACUGGGGCUGCAUCGGGGGGGCUUUUUGGAAGCACUGGUGGUGCCAAACCAAUGUUUGGCGGGACAACAUCUAGCAGCGCAGCGACAAGUACACCGGCCCCUACAAAAUUUGGAAAUUUCGGACUAGGGAACUCAACUACACCUGCUGGCCCUCCUCCCGCAAAGACUACCCAGGCCGGACCCGGUUUGUUCGGGAACGCAGGAACAUCUGGGGGACCAUCGUUGUUCGGAAGCAAGCCAGCAGCCCCAACAUCAAGUGCUGGUGGAGCGGCAGGUGGCAGUUCCCUUUUCUCGGGAUUGAAUAAUAACACUGCUACAUCCGCGCCAGCAGCGACAACGUCUACUUCAACCUCUAACAACAAGCCUGCUUUCAGUUUUCCUUCAGCGCCAAGUGCAACAGGAACACAAGCUCCCACAACAGCAGCUUCUUCUGCCCCUCAAAGCCUCUUUAACAUGGGAGCAACUAGUUCGGCCACACCUGCAUCGUCUGCCCCAGCUGGUGGCUCAUUAUUUUCCGGACUUGGAGGUUCUACUGCACCUGCUUCCUCUUCGUCAAACCUUUUCGGUUCUGCGGCUGCGAAAUCUACCGCUCCAAGUACAGCAGCACCAGCAACCACUACCGCUGCUCCGACAGGACUAUUCCCUCAAUCUACAACAACAUCAGCUACCCCAGCUACAAGCACUCCUGCGCCAGCUUUUGGUGGACUAUCUACUGCUAAGCCUUCUACGACUCCUGCGACAAGCACUGCUGCUACAGGAGGUCUUGGAGGGACAACAUCUGGAGCUGGAGCCUCAACAGCCGGCGGAGCUCCAGCGCUAGGCGCAUCGACUCUUGGAGCAUCUACCUCUGGCCCAACACCGCAAAUUUCACGACUGAAGAACAAGACGAUGGAUGAAAUUAUCACGAGAUGGGCGUCUGAUCUCUCGAAAUAUCAAAAAGACUUCCAGGACCAAGCAAAGCAAGUUGCGACUUGGGAUAGGUUAUUAGUCGACAGCGCCGAGAAGAUUCAAAAGCUCUAUCACAACACGUACGAAGCAGAGCGGGAAACCGCAGAAGUUGAACGACAACUGUCAAAUGUGGAAAGCCAGCAGGACGAACUCUCAGGCUGGUUGGACAAGUACGAGGCAGAGGUUGAUGAGAUGUUCAGCCGUCAGCUAGGUCCAGGUGAUCAAUUACAGGGUCCCGAUCAAGAACGAGAACGAACUUACAAGCUCGCGGAGAAGCUGACUGAUAACUUGGACGAUAUGGGCAAGAAUCUGACUAGUAUGAUUGAAGCUAUCAAUGAUGCCUCUUCCUCGCUUAGUAAGAGCAGUAAAACCGACGAUCCUCUUUCACACAUCGUACGAGUUCUCAAUGAUCACCUGACGCAACUGCAAUGGAUCGACCAAAACGCCAGCGUUCUUCAAACCAAGGUCGCUGAAGCUCAACGAGUUGGUCUGAACAUUGGCUCAAACGGUUACGGUGGUCUAGAAAAUGACAAUAUAGAGUCCUUCUAUCGGUCGACUUAUGGAAGUAGACGGUAG